AUGAAAACAUUUGAGUUUAUCUUCAACUCGCCCCGAGUUCUGUUCGGAAAGGGAACGUUGGCACAAAUACGUUCCCUGGUAGAUGAACUCGGCGCCAAGUCCGUAAUGCUUCUCUCCACGCCCGAACAGGCCGACAUUGUCAAACGCGUGGCCGAUAUCCUGGGUGACGUCGCAGUGUCGAUCUUUACCGGCGCUGUGAUGCAUACCCCAGUACAAGUCACCGAAUCUGCUCUUCGCCAGGCAAAUGAAGCAAGCAUUGACUGUGUGGUCUCGGUAGGCGGCGGAAGCACUAUCGGAUUAGGCAAAGCUAUCUGUGUUCGGACCGGCCUCGUACAUGUUUGCGUCCCCACCACUUAUGCAGGUAGUGAGAUGACUCCGAUUCUGGGUGAGACAGAGAAUGGACGCAAGGUCACAAGGCGAGACUCCAAAAUUCUACCGACCGCUGUCGUCUACGAUGUGGACCUUACAUUGACCCUUCCUGUCAAGAUGAGUGUGAACAGCGGCAUAAAUGCAAUUGCACAUUCUGUUGAGGCGCUCUACGCCAGCAAUACCAACCCGAUCAUUAAUGUCAUGGCAUGCGAGGGCAUCAGAUCGCUAAGCGAGGCUCUUCCCAUCCUGCAGACUGACCCCCAAAACAAUGAAUCAAGGUACAAAGCCUUGUACGGUGCAUGGCUAUGUGGCCUUUGUCUAGGGGCCGUUGACAUGGCACUCCAUCAUAAGCUAUGCCAUACCCUUGGUGGUUCAUUCAACCUGCCGCACGCCGAGACGCAUGUGGUCGUGCUACCGCAUGCCCUGGCUUUUAACGCACCAAGUGAUCCAGAGGCUAUGAGCCAGCUUGCUGCAGUGCUACCCGAGAGUCAAGGAGAUGCCGUCCGAGGUAUCAACGCCCUUUAUCGCCGUCUGGGUAUAGACAUGAGUCUGAAGGUGUUGGGAAUGCAGGAGGAAAGCAUUGAUAAGGCCGCUGACGUUGCUGUCUCAAAUCCGUAUCGAAACCCGCGGCCACUUGAGCGAGACGCUCUUCGCGAGGUGUUGAGACGUGCAUGGAGCGGUGAGCAGGCCAAGCAGGAUCUGUGA